GGAAAAAAAAAACCUCAGAAUGAUUAUGCUGCAAAGAACAUCAUCACGUCCGAGCUAAAUCUAGAUCAUUUCAUUACCCAACAACAAUGGCAACAACCAUUCCAAGAUUUGUUGGAUCCAUCAUCAUGACCCUUUUCACCAUGGGAAGUGCACAAUCCCUGAACUAUGUGAAUGAUGACUGCCACAACUCAACAACAAAAGAAAAAGCCCUAACCCUAACAUUCAGAACCAACCUUAACACCACCCUCUCAAGGCUCUCUUCUGAUGCUGCUACAAGCAAGGGUUUCAACAACACCACCACAGGAAAUGGCAGCACACUGGCUGAUGAUGCUGUGUAUGGCCUCUAUGACUGUAGGGGUGAUGUCACAGGACCCUUCUGCCAGUUCUGUGUCUCCACUGCAGCCUCAGAUAUUCUCCAGCAAUGCCCUAACAGAUCCUCUGCUGUGAUAUGGUACAACUACUGCAUUCUCAGGUACUCAAACCAAAACUUCUUUGGGAACCUCACCACAACCCCAUCAUGGGAAAUUGUGGAGAACUCCAAGAACACCACUGACCCACAAGAGAUUCAGCAAGCUGAGAGCUACAUGCAAAGCCUGAAGAGAGAAGCCACUGUGGAGACCAACAAGUUGUAUGCAAUGGGAGGGUUCAAUCUGAGUGAUGGUGGGGAAAGGUAUGGGUUGGUGCAGUGCAGUAGGGACCUCACCAGUGAUGAGUGCAGCCAGUGUUUGGAGGCCAUGAUUGAAAAACUUCCUCAGUGUUGUGCUGCAAAGAGAGCAUGGCAGGUUUUGGCUCCAAGUUGCCUUAUAAAGUAUGAUGAUUUCAUGUUCUACCAGAUUACAGAUCAAACUUCUUCUCCUUUGCCUAAUUCAGCUAAGAAGGGAAGUUCAAUUAGCUCAAAAACAUUGAUCAUAAUCAUUGUGAGUGUAUUGGUGGCACUAGUUUUUCUAAGUUGCUCUGUCUAUUACUUGUGGAGAAAGUAUUUGACAAAUAAAGAUGGAUUGAUGUCAGUGAACACCCCAAGAUCUUUUCAUGGCCAUGUUCAAAGAGAAGAACCACUUAAUGCAGACCUUCCAACAAUCCCUUUAAUCUGGAUUCAACAGAGCACUAAUUACUUUUCAGAGUUCUCUAAAUUAGGAGAAGGUGGAUUUGGUCCUGUUUACAAGGGUAGUUUGGAAGAUGGAACAGAAGUUGCUGUCAAAAGACUCUCUAAAGCAUCUAAUCAAGGUUUGGAGGAGUUUAAGAAUGAAGUGAUCUUCAUAGCCAAACUGCAACAUAGGAACCUUGUGAGACUAUUGGGAUGCUGCAUUGAAGAAAAUGAAAAGCUGCUUGUGUACGAGUACAUGCCAAAUUCUAGCCUUGACUCUCACCUGUUCAAUGAUGAAAAAAGAAAGCAACUAGAUUGGAAGUUAAGACUGAGCAUUAUCAAUGGAAUUGCAAAAGGACUUCUGUAUCUACAUGAAGACUCCAGACUUAGAAUAAUACACAGAGAUCUAAAAGCCAGCAAUGUACUUCUGGAUCAAGAGAUGAAUCCGAAAAUAUCAGAUUUUGGAUUGGCAAGAACAUUUGAAAAAGGACAGAUUCAAGAAAAUACACAGAGAGUUAUGGGCACCUAUGGAUACAUGGCUCCAGAAUAUGCUAUGGAAGGAUUGUAUUCAGUGAAAUCUGAUGUUUUCGCUUUUGGAGUUCUUCUACUAGAAAUCAUACGUGGGAAAAGGAACAGUGGAUUCCAUCUUUCAGAACAUGGUCAAAGCCUUCUUGUACAUAGUUGGAGACUUUGGUGUGAAGGAAAAAGCUUGGAAAUGUUGGAUCCAAUGCUGGAAAAGACAUACAAAGCCAGUGAAGUUAUGAAAUGCAUACACAUUGGUUUAUUGUGUGUUCAAGAAGAUGCAGCUGAUAGACCAACCAUGUCCACAGUUGUUGUCAUGAUGGCAAGUGACGCAAUUGCCCUUCCCAACCCUAAUCAUCCUGCAUUUUCAGUUGGAAGAAAGAUGAAAGAAGAAGAAUCAACAUCAAAAGGAUCCAAGGAUCCUUCUGUUAAUGAUGUAACAAUAUCAAACAUUUUACCAAGGUAGUGUAUAUUACAUGAUAACAGUUUUGCUUUGAAAAUCCUGAGAUUGUACAAGAAAUUACAAGUUACUAUAAUUUGGACAGCCUCAUCUACA